UGGUUGCAGUGAUGUCAGUCCGGCCCACUCCUGUUCAGUACAAAUGCAGCAGCUGAGGGUGCAUACCGCUGCUGCUGAUCUGAUCCCACACCUACACAAAGACACACACUCAUUUCACAACACUCACAACCAGAGCCGGGAGAUGCUACCGGCUGGCAGCCACUGACAGUAACCUUCACUGCCCAGUCGAUCCGGACACGCUGCAUCUCCACCUCCAGAGAGCUCCUGCAGCUAAAGACUGUACCUGAUCCCACAUCCUUCAAAGAAAAAGCAACCCGACUCUGAGCAGAGCAGGGAAAAGGAGCGAUCAUACCCCACUGCUGAAACUUGACCCACUGGACUGACAGGCAGAGGGGCUGACGGUCACCUCCAGAACAGAGGCAGGAUGCUGGCUAAAAUCCUGGAGGACAUGUGGGUGGAGCCGGAGGUGCUGGAGGCCCUCAGCGAGGACCAGAAGAGGAUCCUCUUCCUGAAGAUGAGGGAAGAGCAGGUCCGUCGCUGGAAGGCGCGGGAGGAGAAGGAGGAGAGGGAAGGACUGGACAAUGCCAGGCCCAAGAAAGCUUCCAGUAAACAUGUGAGCUGGCUCCUCGGUCGGGACGGCGAUGUGAGCGUCAUCGUAAUCGGAGAGAUGGACGAGUUCAGGUCCUCCAAACUCCUCCAGGGCCUCAUGAACAACAGACUCUGCAGUGAUAAUAUAAAUGGCAUCCAGACAGCCGACUUGCUGCCAGGAAGAGAGGCCCAGCAGCUCGGCUUUAAAGAAGACAUCCAGCUGCCCCUCGCAGAUGAAGACCCAUCUAUGCCAACCGACCAAUCGUCCGAGGAGGACCUGGACUCCAGCAGCGCUGACGAUGACCUGAAGGACCCCACCGAGGACAGCGACAGCGAAUCAGGCAGCAGCUCGGACAACCUCAGCGACUGGGUUCCUCUCUACAGGCCCCAUCUUAGUAGCCAUGGCAACGAGCCGCUCAAAGCCCAGCUGUCAGACACAGGGAGGACUGGUGCUCAGGACAGAGAAAUUGUCGUUUGUGAAAAGAAGCCAGAAGGUCGAGUGGCCCAGCUCAGGAAAGCCUUCACAGACGAUCUCCACAACAAAUCACCUGCCUGCAACAAACCGCCUCUACCUGUCAAACCUGCUCACCUGCAGAACAGAUGCAUGUCACUGAUCCAUUAGGACUCACCUACAAGACAACACUUGAUCCCAGAGAGCCUCCAGCAUGAGGCCUGUGCAGGAAAACCAGCUCAGUCAUUCAGCAACGGACCUGAAAGAAAUGGAUCCUCACAUGAACCCGAGCUGUGAACUAAAACACACUUUAUUAGAGUUUGUUUCAAGGUCCGACCCACAGACAGAGAAACGUCUGGGCGCUGUGGCGAGACAAAGACUUGAAAGCUUUUGAACUGAAGUCAACCUGAAUGAUAAAACUAAGCAGCUUUGAUGUCGAGUUGAAAUUCAGGUUCAAAUACGCUCACAUAGCGUCUGUGAUUGACGGACAGACACAAGAGCGAGGUGUCCAGAGAAACACAGAGACUAUUGACUACAGGUGAGAAACACUGGUUUUCUUACUGAGACGUCAAAAGCAGAAGUUGUUGGGAACUGAAAAACAAGAAAAAACACUUUUGUUACCUCCGCCAAGGCCGUUAUGUGACACCCAGCGUUUGUGUGUCCAUCCGUCCGUCUGUCUGUCUGUCUGUCUGUCUGUUAGCAAGAUAACUCAAAAACGCCUGGGCAGAUUCAGAUGAAAUUUUCAGGGGAUGUAGACUAUGGUAAGAAGAAGUAUGUCGUCCACAAUUUCAGUAAAAGGUCAUGUUUUCGUAUGUUGUCCAGAAUGUGACAAAAACUUCAUAGUUUAGUAUGUCAUCCAAAAUGUUCUAAAUCGUACAUAAAUAUAUGUGAAUACAAUGUUCCAUGGGAAUGUCAAUAUCCUUGGCGGAGGUCUGCGCUCUCUGAGUGCUUUUCUAGUUUUCUUCUGUACUGAUCCAAACUGUUUUUAUUGUAGUCCCUGUCUGUGAACUGUUUGACAUCCCUAACAGUGGACUUAAUCAUCCUCCAGCAGCUGCAGGAGUUUUGGGGCUAAAAUUAAAGGAAUUAUUUAAUGUUACAUGAUAAGCAGACUAAAUACACUGCAUGUAGAACCUUUAUUUAUAUUGAUUGUAAGACACUGAACAUCGCUCACACACAUUCAUUAACAAGCGCUGACCUGCUCAUCAGGGUUUGGUUUCUUGUUCACUUUCACUUACUGCUGAUGGUUUAUGGUGAGGAGACAGAGUGAAGAAGACUUUGGACAACAGAGUUUUAUUUAUUUGGCUAAUCCAACUCAUCGGAUUCAGCAGCACGAGGCUCAAGGGUCUGUCAGCCUGUCAGUCAGUUGAUCCAAACAUGUCAACUUCUGUUAAAUAGACCGCCAUCACAUUUUGUAAUGACUUUUGUGGUCUCCAGAUGAUGGAAUAAGAUGAUUCUGAAUCUUUUAUUUUUACUGACUUUUCCUCCAGUGUCACCAGUUUUGGUGAACUAUUAAAUAGAUAAUAAUUUACAAUAACCUCUUGUCCUCCUGUUAAAACUCUGCCUCUCAGCUGCAGUUUAUUACAACUUUUAUUGCGUUAAUCAUAAAUAUUAGCAUGUUAACAUGUUAAAGUAGAUUUCUGAAUGUAAUAAAUCACAGCUGCCAGUAAAUAACCAUUAGCAGUGUCAGUGUUAGCGUGCUGAUAGCAUAUCUGUUGACUCUUCCUCCAAGUAAUUUAAUAAAUUAAAAUAUCGACUCAAACAAAGAUAUCAUAUUUAAUUGAUUUUGUAAAUGGCAUUUCUAAUUACAAAAUCUACAUUUAUUUAUUUUUUACAGAGUUUUCAGCCCCAUCUCACUAUUAUCUGUUAUCACAAGACCAGAAUUCAAUAAAAAUGAGAAAUAAAUAUAAUCAAAAGCCUCUAUGGCAACUCUACAAACGUCAUUUUUUCAGUGGUUUGUGCCCAAAAGCUGUGGGACUAAAGUAACUGUCCUUAAUAAUGAGUCAGGUGAAAAUCAUUUGCAUUCAGUCACUGCCUGGGGGUGUUUUCACAGCUAGCGUCUUCAGCUCUUGCUUGGUGUUUGCGUUCACUUGUGAUCGGUUGUUCUGGGGUCAUUUGAUGGGGUGAGUUCGGGUAAAUGACUCGACUUGGCAAGAAAUUAUUCUGCUUGUUUUGGGCCUUAAAACUCUGCUGCGUUUAGGCUCAUUGAACUGCUCUGUCAUCACAUUAGAGGCACCGCGUGUAGAAAGAACUCGCAUGACUUCUGCCAGUCUGGAUUUCAGCUCCUUCAAACUCUCCUGCAGCUUUGAGUCAGCUUGUUAACCUCAUAGCGUGCUGGAGUACAGAUCUAAAACGACUAAAUACACGCUCCUGGACAAAUGUUUAUAGACUCCACUGCAGCUUUAAGGGGAUAUCAGAUGCAUAAGCUGCAGAAAAACACACAGUCACAAUAUGUGCUACCACAACGGUGCCUCAUGUUGAAGGUUUAAGGAGUGUUUGAGCUUAGUUACUACCUAACUAUUUGGUCACAUGUUCCCUUUACUUGGUCACUGAUUAAUCCCUAAAACUCGGCUCCUGCUUCUGCUGGUACUGACUUUUGUAUUUUGUCUUCUAUUUGUAUUGUAUAUUUGCUUAAAAAGAACUAAAUAUUCCAACCAAGACAGCAGUUUCAUGUUGCGUUCUUGCUUUCAACAAAGUCGUGUCUGUCUUUGGCAUGCGUUGUCGGGGGGAAGGUGGGAUCUGCUGGGGGAAAACCAGAAGUUAUUGAUAGUGGUCAGUUGCACAAUGAUUAUCUAUUCAGUGGGAGGCAUCAGAAAGCGGCCUGUCAGAGAUCAAACGGGGAGCACAGAAAGCUGAUUAGCAUGUGGUUUGGACGGAGACAGAGGGCGAGACGCUCUGGGAGACAGAGCAAAUGAGAGUCUGGUCACGGGGAGCGAAACGUCACAGUCAACUCAAUAAACCUCCUCGCAUUCCCUCACCAUCUCCACACCCUCAGCUGUGUGUGUCUGUGUGUGUCUGUCCACCCAUAUAUCUUGAAUCAUGUGACUCGACACGAGCAGUCAUGCACACAGUGUGAAAAGCCCCGCUAUAUAUAGUAGGACAGUGUUGGGUUUCCCAGUAAAGCAUUGUAGGAGCCCGUUCAUCUUUGUUCCUUAAGAGAGUGCAUGUCAUUGACUUGUUGUUGUGUUUCUAUCUGCUGUAUCAGUCUGCCGGUGCCCUCGAUUGCUUUCUGUCCUCCCCGAAAGGUGAAAUUAGGACACCAGAAGCACCUGACUACAUGACAGCAAGCCUCAUAUGCAAUCUGAGACACAAUAAAACUGAGAAUUUCUCAUUUUCUGAAUGAAGUCAUUGUGAGGAGGUGCAAUAAAUCAGGAUUUCAGACAUUUAGCAGCUUUUUGCUUAUUCUGUAAUAACGUCUCAGUAGUUGUGACAUUCCUUCUCAUUUGUUCACUUUAUGUGUACUAAUUCAGGUUAUAAUUGAACAGUUUAGUGUGACAAUGAAACUCAAGUUAGGAGUUCCCUAAUUAACUACAGAGUGUUGUCUUUCAUGUUUUGACCAUUGAAGUUUUAAUCUGACUUCUAAAAAGUAAAAACAAUACAUUAUAACCGUGUGCUCUGUAAAAUGAAUAAAACGUGUAUAAUAAACUCUUACAUAAUUCAAAAACAGACUUCUUUUGCUUUUGAAAUGGCCUAUAUACUAAAAUUUAGUACAUUUUGUAUAACAUUUUUAACAGUAAAAUCAUAAAAUAAGCCUACUUUCACUUUAUAAUCCAACUUAACACCUUAAUAAUUUAUACCACUGAUGAUAAAAACCUGUUUUUUAAACACUAUUCCUCCUAUUUAUAAUGCUUUAAAAAGAUAUAUCAACUAAAUCAGUAUAAACAAGUGUUGUCAGUAUUAAUCAGACGCAGACGUGAACUUUAUUCCUAUAUCAGACUGAUUUCUAUGUUAUAUACUGACGAUUAUCUGGGAGAGUAUGUCUGUUUGACUAUACUAUCCUAUUUGUAUCUAGUAACUUGUGUGCAUAUUUGUAUUUUGCAUUUACUAGUGUGUCUAACUGAACAGGGACUGCAGAUGGAAAUUAGUUGCUAAAUUUGGUACAAUAUAUCUUCAUCUCUUUGAGUUUUGGUGCAUGGACCCUGACAAAUAAACAAGUCAAUGCUUUAAGAGA